AUGUCGCGGUUGGCAAGCAUGGAACCGUGAGCCAUGUUGAGUGCACUGAAGACAGUGCCGGCGCAAUGGUCGGACCGCUUCUACCAUGGCCAGCGGAUCGGUCUCUUCCGAGUUGUGAUGCUCUAUGGUCUCGCUCGACUCAUUUGCCACAUGUGGCCUUCACCCACAGUACCAGGCAUUGCGAGCUUUUUGCUGAUGAUCAUAAUUGCAGCGGCCGCAGAAGUCUUCCUCCGUGUGAGGCCAGACCUUCCUGGUGAGCUCAGCUGCCUUGCAGCCUUGGUACUUCAGCUGCUGGAUGUCUUGGGCUCUGGAACUUCGAGUGAAGCACCCUUGGCAUUGUCAUGGCUGGCGCGCAGCCACAUGCUCUGGUCGCUUUGCACUCCUGCUUUUGGAUGGAGACCAAUUUUCGCAGGCGCAUAUCUGCUGACAGUGCUAGUUUCCCACACUACCCUGCUGGGAUCGCUACUUCAACAGGAGGCCUUCAGCUCCUGGGUGCUGCGCGAUCACUUGAUCGGAUUUUUCUUCUUUGCCCUUGCGAGCUUCGCUGCCGUGCUGCACUGGAACGCCUUGAUGCGGCAGAUCUACUGGGCCGAGCGCCGCGCAGCUCUCGAAGCGCAGGCAUGGGGUGAGCUCAUUGCCCUGACCUGUGAUUUUGACCUGGUGGUCGGGUCUGUGGAAGAUCAGGUCAAGCAAGACACAAUCCUGAGAGUCUUAGAGCCAACAGCCAAGAGCUUGAACAUCCUGGGUCGAGCUCUUGAAGCUGGUGAAGCCUUACAGAGCUUCCUGAGCGACGAGCCGAAGGCACUGUCCAAAAGCCUGGCAGAAGCCAAAGAGCUUGAAGGCUUUCUUCUGCCCACGCGACUCCAAGGCCCGGCGCAGGAGGAGGUGCAAGUCCACUUUCUGGUGGUCCGCAAGCCUCGCGUGGAUGCUGACACCUCAAUACCUCUUCCGAAAGGGCAGACCUUGGUGGCGAGCUAUCUCGUGGGCGUGCGGAUUGAUCAUGCUCAGGAUCCACCUUCAGAACUGCUACCUCCUCCUGCAGAGCCAAUGUUGCAUCGAGCAUACAGCAACGGCUCGAACUGCCUCUCAGUGGCUGAGACGACCGUCACAGGUGCACUGUUCAGCACAGUCGAGCUAAAUGGCACAGGCGCGGAAGUGGUUGAGGUUGGCCUCAAAGAACACUGGCUGAUCCCGCCGGAGAAUCUGCAGCUCCACUGCACCAAGCUGCUGGGCUCUGGUGGCUUCGGCCUGGUCUGUGAGGGCACGUUCUGUGGUGCCACGGUAGCCUUGAAAUUCCCGAGGAAAGGCAUCAAAGAUUGCAAGUUUCCGACUUGUGAGUCCCGAGAGUAUAUUCUUUUCAUGAAUUACAUCUCAGAGCUGCGGCUGCUUCGUCAUGUGCGACAUCCAAAUAUCGUGUCGUUUUUCGGUGCAGCGGUCGAUCCAACAAGCCUGGAGCUCAUGCUGGUCUUCGAGAAGAUGACCGGGAAAACUUUGACGAAGUUUAUUCCUGUGGCGACACCUCGAGAGAAUGAGCGGCUUCAGAUACUUCUUGAUAUGGCCAAGGCCCUGGUUUAUUUGCACGGUCUACAGCCUGCGGUCGUGCAUGGAGAUCUGAAGAGUGACAAUAUAUUUGUGGAAGAGCGGAAAGACUGCUUGGUGACCAAACUGGGAGAUUUCGGGCUGGCACGACGCGCCACCAAGUCAGCUGCUGGAAUGGGUGGCACCUUGCGCUGGUGUGCUCCAGAAGUCUUGCAAGGCUCUUGGUCACCAUCAACAGCAGCAGAUGCAUACAGCUACGGGCAGAUAGCCUUCUUUGUCAUCUCUGGGCGGAUGCCCCUCUCCGAGCUCAAGCGACAUGAGAUGACCGAGGCCCUGAGCCGCGGGCAGUUGCCGCCAGAGGAUUGGCCCACGGGCUUCAUGACGCGUGUGCGGGCCAUCGCCGAGAGCUGCCGGAGGUUCGAACCACAGGAAAGGCCUCCUGUCCUACAGAUCUGGAGAGAUCUGUGCAACAUCCAGGCGCCUUUGGGAGACGGGGACUUGGACACUCUAGCAUCAGUGCAAGGCGCGUGCGAGGGAGCUGGUCUUCUUCUCCAGCAUCCUUUGCUUGCACCGCUUCAGCAGGCCUUUGACGACACUGGCCCAAGCCCUGGCAUCAUUGGGAGGAGUGCCAUCUCAAGAUCGCCAUCUGCAUCAAGCCAGGGAGUAGAGCAUCCCUUUGCCGCGCCUCUGCCGGCGCUUCCACUGCUAGAGCCUCCUCCUUUAGACCUUCCCGUGAGCCACAGCAUGAUGCAGAGCCCCAGUUCCCGUGACCUGGAGGUGCAAAUGGAGAUGGCCCGGAAGCAUGCCUUUGGAAGGUCGCCGUACUUCUGAGCUGACAGUUGCAAGCCGACGCUGGCUGCCUUAAAGCCCACUCUUCUAGGCCUC